CUCCACUGAAAGCCCACCAUUCAUAAGCAUAAAAAAUAUCACGUAAUUAUAUGGGGAAUUUUAGGGUGGUUUGCAUAAAUCUCUGCAGCUUUUACCUUUCCUCUUCCUCUCCCUCUCCUUCUUCUGAAACAGAGUCUUGAAACCCCAAAAGAAAAAAAAGAAGGGGCAGAGAACCGAGUGAGAGAGAGACAUGAAAGGGUGCGAGCUAUGUGGUGGUACUGCGAGAAUGUAUUGCGAAUCAGACCAAGCUAGCUUGUGUUGGGACUGCGAUGAGAAGGUUCACUGUGCUAAUUUUCUUGUGGCUAAGCAUUGCAGAACCCUUCUUUGCCAAGUUUGUCAAUCUCCGACGCCGUGGAAAGCCUCCGGUCCUAAGCUUGGGCCUACUGUUUCCAUUUGUGAAUCUUGUUUUUCCUUGCAUAACGGAAAGAAAGGUGAAGUAGGUGUGGAUCGUGACGAGAGCCACGGAGGAAAUGAGCAGGAAGAUGAAUUUUUAGAUGAUAGUGAUGAUUAUGAUGAUGAGGACGAUGAGCAGGAUGAUGAGGAGGAAGACGAAGAGGAAGAGGAGGAUGAAGAUGGGGAAAAUCAGGUGGUGCCGUGGUCGGUUACAUCUCCUUCACCUCCGGCGGCGAGUUCCUCGAGUAGCGAAGAGGAGAUUUCGAGUAGAUUUUUGGGUGCAAGUGCGGCGGCGUUGAAGCGGAUGCGAGAGAAUAGUGCUGAUAUUGAUUCUGAUGAUGAGAAUGGAUGUUCCUCUUGUCAUACGGGCCGUGGAAGACUAAGCAACGAUGAAGGGGAUUCAAUGGCUUCAUAUAGACCAUUGAAGCAAGCAAGAACAAGCGGUGGAGGUGUAGGCGGUGAAGUAGAAGACGAUCCUGGUCAAGCAGAGUCAAGAUCAACCGCCAUUAUUGACUCCCUCAACAGACUCCAAAGUGAUACGGUAUCAAACAGAGAAAGUACAUCUGCAACCAUUCUUGCGAUUAGCAGAUUGAGCGGAGAUCACAGCCGCUGAUUUCAAUCCAACUAACUCUUUGUUUCCCCAUUUGAUAAUCAUGCAUUUCGUGAUUAGUUUUAAGUAAUGCUGGUAUUAAUUAGUAUUCGUUUUGCUAUUAUUAUAAGCUAAUCCAAGUUGUUAUUUUUCCUUUUAUAAAUACACUAUCUUUGUGUGAAA